AAUGCCAAAAUCUGACAGUGUGUCCUUUUCCUCCCUACAAAGCUAAAGAAAUGGAGAUGAGGAGAAAAAACAGGAAGGGGAAGAUCGUCGAAUGGCUGAGGGAGGACUUCUUCGUCUCGGGCCCAGCAAUAUUUUAUGACAACAUCCCCAAAAUGGCUAAGGCCUUUGGUGAGCAUCUCACUCCCUCCCAGUUAACAGAUGUGAUCCUGAAAGCCCUGGAAGUUGUCACAAACAGCAACAAAAACAUUUCACAGGCCGCCGGGCUCCUUCUCAAUUCCUUCAUGAAAGAAUGUGGAAUGGAGAUGGAGGAACUACCGAUGAUCCUAAGGGAAAUGUACGUGUGCCUCCCAAAUAUUUUGGACCCUUCCACCAAGGAAGACAUCAUAAUAGCCGUGUGCCACCUGGCUUCGAAAAGGGCAAACCGAGUGGUGGAUACCAUCCUGGAGGUCUUGGUGGAGUGUGACGGAACCGCAAGAGAGCUAUGGCGGGCUCUCGUGGCAGAUCCAUAUGCCAGUCUGAGGAUCAUGAAACCUCUCCUCAAAAGGCUCCAGGAUGAAGACCCCAGCACAGAAACCACCAGAAAGAGAAAUUGCAAAUCCGUCAUGCCCAUUGCGGCCACCAAUGCCUUGUCCUUCAUCCUCUCGUUGCCUGAGGCAGCUGAAGUUAUCGAGAACAAAUUCCCUCCGCUGCUGAUUGCGCUGGUCACCCAGAUUUAUUUUCUCCUUGGAGCCAGCAAACGAGGGUCAAGACGAUCAAGUCUUCUGAAUGAUUGGCACCGAUUCUUGUCCCUUUGUCCGUUUAGCACCGCAGUGCAAGCGAUCAGAAAUCUGAUCGUGUGUGCUGGCUAUCUGAGGGAAUUCGAGGCCUUGGGGCUGCUCGGCUGCUGGGAAAUGCUGCUGAGCCCAGACGGUUUGUUUCAAGCCAUUUCCCACCUGGCCCGGAACUUGUUCGCAUUCUCCAAAGUGGAGCUGAAGGACAUGUUUAUACAGGCCAGCGCCUACCUCCACCGCCCUGACAUAAGGGAGAAGACCAUUGGGAUGAUCUUCUUCUCGGAGCUGCUGUACCACCCGGAGGUUGGGCACCAUUUUACAAUGCGGCACAUUCUGGAUGCUCUCCACAAAUGGAUGAGCCAAUCUUAUAUCCUCCUCCAAAUAUUUAGCAUCCGAGGCCUGGGGUACCUUCUCCAGCACCCCUUGGAGACCAAGGUUUUGAGGCCCAUGUUGGGACCUGUCGUGAACUGCGCCAUGCAACACCACAGCAGCCUAGCCAAGGAAGCGCUGAGGACACUAAAGAUCCUGUUUGGGCAGCUGGAUGUCAGGAUAUACGGGUACAAGGCCGCUGUUCUCAUCCCCCACCUCCUGCAGUAUUUUUGGGAUGAAGACACCGAACUGCGAAAUAAUUCCAUCUCUAUUUUCGGCAUUCUCUUGAGAGGGGUGAACCUUAUAGAAAACAACAAUAUCACAGUAAACAUCAUGCAGAGCCUUGUUCCAUUAUUGAUCCAACUUUCAGAUGGUCAGACCAAAGAAGUCUCCAGGAACGCCCUCAAUGCAUGCAUCGCAUUCAUGGAAUGGGAGGAUGUUCCCAGCAACUUGUUCAACCAUCAAAUGUACAGCAGCCCCCAUAGCAUGUACAAGGACAUCUGCGCCGUCAUUGUAAGCUGGCCCCUUUGUGAAAACAAAGAAAGCUAUAAGAGUUCAUUGGCUUCUUUCUUGCCUUCUUUUCCCCAGAUGAAUAAAUGCAAGCAAAAUAUCUCCAAAAUGUUGGAUCAAAUGCUGGAUUUCCUGGGGAACAGAAAGGCUCUGUAUCGAAAGGCAGCUGCCCAAUUAAUUGUCCAUCAACAUUUUCUAUUUAUCUGUCUAGCCUGCUGUGCGCUGUAUUUAACACCAGAUGUUGUCCCCUCCAGACAGCUUGAAGGAGUUUACCUUGCUCUCCGGGAUCUGGAAGGUGACUGUGAACCCUCAGUGGCUCGGGUGGCAGCUGCAUCAUUAGAAGAACUAUUUCGACAGUGUGGCCACAGGAUAAACCCCGAUCUAGUUAGUAGCCAACUCCUCGCCAAAGUCAUUGGAAGCAUCUCUAUACAGCCCUCUGAGGCCCAGCAAUAA